CAUAUCGGAAGUAAAAUUUUCCGCUAAUUUUUCGUGUUGGCCGGGAGUUUAAUACCUAGUGUGCCCACCCGAGGUGUUGACCGAGCCGAUACACUUCUGUCUGAUGUGUGAACACGCCGCUGACAGUCUUUUAAACACAGUUACAAACUCUCUGACUGAGUGCAGCAACAAUGUCUCGUUUUAAAAAGGUGGACUCCCUGGCGGGCUUCAGGACGGAGAAGCCGGAGCCCACCGUGCCUUACGGACUGCUGAAGGCAGCCAGGAAGAGCGGCCAGCUCAACCUGUCCGGCCGGGGGCUCACUGAAGUUCCUCAGGAUGUGUACCGUCUGAACUUGGACACACCAGAGGAGGCCAACCAGAAUCUGUCGUUUGGAGCGUCAGAUCGCUGGUGGGAACAGACCGACCUCACCAAACUGCUGCUCUCAUCCAAUCAGCUCACAGUGUUAUCUGACGAUAUCAGACUACUACCUGGACUCACUACACUGGACCUCCAUGACAACCAGCUGAGCAGUUUACCCAGCACUUUGGGAGAACUGGAGCAGCUACAGCAACUACGACUCAGUCACAACAAGCUGAGUGUGUUGCCGGUGGAGGUGUGUACUCUGAAGAACCUUCGCAGUCUGACACUACAGCAGAACAUCCUGGAAACCCUGCCGGACGAACUGGGACAGCUGGAAAAUCUGACUGAGCUGGUCCUGUCCAACAACCGCCUGAAGUGCCUUCCCUCCAGCCUGGGGAACCUAACCUGUCUGCAGACACUAGACCUGUCUCACAACAUGCUCACCUGUCUGCCUGACAGCCUCACCAAGUUGGCAAAUGUCAAAGUGCUCGACUGCAGCAAUAACCAGCUGACCGGUGUUCCAGCCAGCCUGUCAGAGAUGGUCGCUCUGGAGCAGCUCUACCUCAGACACAACAAGCUCCGCCUCCUCCCAAAGCUCCCUGCCUCCAACCUGAAGGAGCUGUAUCUCGGUAACAACCAGAUAGAGGUGCUGGAGGUGGAGAACCUGGCCGGCCUGGCAGCCAUUUCUCUUCUGGAACUCCGAGACAACAAGAUCAAAGACCUUCCUGAACAGAUCACCUUGCUCAGCACACUGUCACGCCUCGACCUCACCAACAAUGACAUCGCCAAUCUUUCAGCCUCUGUCAGCUUACUGCCCAAUCUGAAGAUGUUACUCUUGGAGGGAAACCCAUUGAGAGGAAUUAGGAGAGACCUGCUCACUAAAGGAACCAACGAGCUGCUGAAAUAUUUAAGAGGGAGAAUUAAGGAAGAGCCUGAGAGAGCAGAUGAAACUCCCACGGCCAUGACGCUGCCAAGCCAGGCCAGAGUCAACGUGCACAACAUCAAAACUCUCAAAGUGCUGGAGUACAGUGAGAAGCAGGCAGAGAAUAUUCCAGAUGAGACGUUUGAUGCUGCAGCAGGUGAAGCCAUUGUCACUGUUAACUUCAGCAAGAACCAGCUGACCACCGUGCCCCCCAGACUAGUGGAGUUCCAGUCUUCAGUGUCAGAGGUCAAUCUGGGCUUCAACAGACUGAGCUGCUGCUCUCCUGACAUCUGCAAGUUACUGCAGCUCACACACAUAGACCUCAGGAACAACCAGCUGAGUGAUCUGCCAUCUGGACUGGAGAACCUGACUAAACUGCGCUCAGUUAUACUCAGUUAUAACAGGUUCAAGUCCUUCCCUGAUGUCCUGUAUCAGAUCGUUUCCCUGGAGACGGUGCUGCUUGCCAACAACCAGGUGGGCAGCGUGGACCCCGGCUCUCUGAAGCGAAUGGUCCAUCUGUCAACUUUGGACCUGUCAAACAACGACCUGCUGAACAUACCGCCUGAACUGGGACUCUGUACAAGCCUCAGGUGUCUGAGUCUGGAGGGGAACCCUUUCCGGACUCCGAGAGCAGCCAUCGUGGCCAAAGGAACUGAUUCUCUGUUGGAGUACCUCCGCAGCCGAAUCCCCACAUAAUCCCCCACACUAAUCCUGACCCUGACGCCAGCCCAGGCAGGGCCAGAGCCACGAUGGAAAGUUAUUGUUCUUGGGAUGAGGCAUCAUUUGUUUAUGUUUGACUGAACAUUGCACAUGAAAAAGGCAGUGUCCACACUAAGCCGGGUACAUCUGAAAAUGCAGUUUUGGUGGUCUAUCCACACUAAACCAUUGUAUUCAGAUCAUUUUCCAAAAGCCCACCAUCCACACUGAAAUGCCUCAAAAUGUUUAAAGGGGUAAACAAGCUAAUGAGAGUUGGCCCCAGCUGGUUCUUCACAACUGGGCUUCAUCAAAAGUCAACCAGUUAUUUAGAAAUUCAAAUUUGCAUCAGCCCUCCAGUGUUUAAACAGCCCUAUGGGGCAGCAGCCAUUGUUAGUGCUGGAGAGAAGCACAGGGCCACCAACACCACCAGCCAAUCAGCAGCCAGAGGCUCAUUUAUAAUGAAUGAAUGUCUCCAGAACAGCUUGGGAGAUUUAAAUAAAACGAUCCCUGGAAAACAGGUAAUCUCAAUUAUUGCCUCACAGUUGUGUUUUUAGACAACAGAAGACAACAGUUAAUCAUAAAAUUGGGAAGAAAAAAAAAUGAAAAAACCCUCAGCUGUUAAGCAUGAGCAGAUCAAAUGACCAUCCCUUGUCAGCAUUUUCAAAAAUCUGUUUUUUACUUGUGGAAAACAAUGCUUCAGUGUGAACAGAAGGGCAAAAACGGGGGAAAAGGAUGCAGUUUCAGAUUUGCCUGGCUUAGUGAGGACAUGACCCGAGGCCUGGGGUUCAAACAAGGGGCCAUCAAUCAAGGUUGUGUGACAGACAAAAAACCAAAGUGGAUACAGAGAGAGCUUGCCAUGCCACCGUAACACACCAACAGUCACUUGUUCAACAUGGGAGUUCACCUGUCAUGUUAACACGCAUGUACCCCAAACCAGGUUUCUCUCCCUGCAUGGAAACACAGCCGGUGGUUGUUCAGUGCCCCCGCUGUGCUCCUUGUUUCUGUGUUGUUUACAUGUCUGAACAGCCACAGUUCAGAAAAAAGCCUAAUAGGUAACGCCGGUAUAAUUUUAGCUUUUCCUGUCACCAUUAAUGCCCAUGAAACAUCUACCACAGGUUAGCCCAAACAGUGCAGGAUUGCAGGGCUUUAAAUAACACGUGUGUGUGUGUGUGUGUGUUUUUUUGCCAACAUGACUGGUCGGUCAGCAGUUGGGUUCAGAGGGGCGUAUCUACCUGUUAUCUGUUUGGUGGGUCACCAUGCAUUUUGCUGACAACAUUCAUGUUUCCUUAAGAAUCAAAUCUGUGCUAUUUGAGGAACCUAUAGGACCCUCUCUGUAGCGCCACCAACAGGCAGAUUUUAUCUUGACAACUAAAGUGUCAAAAACUACUUUAGCAUCACCAUUAAAUUUGGUGACCACCUUCAUGUUGCCUAGAGGAGGAAACCUGUCAGUUUUGGUGAUCUUUUCUCUUGUGCCACCAGCAGCUGAAAUCUGUUGAGCUUCUCCAGAUUAAUUUGUUGGACUGCCAUGAAAGUUGGUGAGAACAUUCAUUUUGGCCAGAGGAUCAAACCUGGUCAUUUCAUCGUUGCUUUGACGCCACCAGCAGGCCCAGCAGAGCAUCUGCAUGAGAAGUAACAUGCUUAUGAUCACAACUGGUCAUUUUUUCAAUGAUUGCUGACUAUGUACCCAAUUUACCUUUUAAAUAAUUCAAACAUCCAGGUGAGAUACAUACCUCAAAUCCUCUGCUGCUUUGCAUUUGUGACAAUUUCUUUACGAGUCAUGUUUAAAUGUGGUUUGGAAAAAAAAAAAAAAAAAAACACACUUUCUUCAGAGACUGUGUUCUGACAGACAGAUCUGCUCUGUUUUGUGGGUUUCUGAGUGCAAACAAAGCAGUACAUUCAUGUGUUGUUGAUAGAUAAAUUUGAACAUUCUUUCUGCAUGGUAAUCAGACAGAUUAUCUUAUUUUUUUAAACAGGAAGAAGCCAAAUCCAAAUAAUCCUUUUUCACAAUGCCCAUGUUUAUGUAUUUUUUAUCAUCUUGGUGUGGUUUUUUGAUAAAAGCCAUGCUGUUUUGACAGCAGGCUUUGAAGUCUUGGGUGUCAGAGCUGCUCAUCAGCAUAUGAAUGCACCACAAGGAGGUAGACUUUUCAAUUCAGUGUGGGCAAGAAACUGCCACAAUAUCGUAAUUUUGACAAAAAAACAACAAAAAAACCAAACCAAAACAAAACAAACAUGGGCAGGAUGUUCACUGUGAUCGAUUAGCAAUCUCAAGUUUUAAGUAUGAUGAUUGAUUGAUUGAUGAUUUAUUACUAAAAUUAAUGGAAACAGCUGCUUCCUGGAAGGUAGGAAAAGCACAUUCAAACAUCCAAAGCAGUAUGGUAGGCUUUGGGAAAUGGUUAUUGGUGAUCUUAAGUCUAAAUGAAUUGUACUAAAGGGGCUAAAUAAUGUGCAAAUAAAUUAAUUAAUUAAUUAAUUUUUUUUUUUUUUUUUUUUUUUACUUCACUACCACCAGACAACUUUGUACACUGCAAAAUGAAGAGAAAAUUUUAAAGUCUACGUUUAAAUAGUCUCAUUAAACUUAAAACUACAAUACACAUUGAAAAUAAUGGACUAUGUUAGUUAAGGCAGCAAUCCAUCUACGCCACCAGUUUGAAUGGAUUUUUGAAAUGAAUUCGAGACUUCCACAAUGCAGGGCGAACCUGUGGUCCAACGAGAUGGUCACAGCUUCUGACUGGCAAAUACACAUAACGGACAGGAAUCAAACUAGAAUUACACUGGAGUUAACCUUUAAAUGAUACUUUCCUCCCCUUUGCAAAGGGAAAGCGAAAGAAAUGACUAAUCAACUCAGCCGUGCAAACCAAUCAGCCACAGUUUGACCGAAAAACUUGUGGUUCAUGACUUGUGUAAUUUUGUGAGUGUGUAUUUGUUGUUGUAUGCAUGGAGCCUCUGAAUAUAUUUGAUGUUUACUAGUUAAUCUGACAGCACUUUCUAUCUUAAUAAAGCCACAUGUUGUUCAUAA